UCCAACUGAAAAGGACGUACAUCGAGAGGGAAGGUCUGAGUGCUGCACCAUGCGACUGACAAUUCUGAUUUGUUUGUUUCUCAAGCUAAUUUGGAGCUGCGAAGCAGCAAAAGCAUGCACUAGCUGUCCUAACUCGGCAACAUUAGAGCUGAAAAAUUGCUCUUUAAAUGCUACCGUGGCGCAGAUGCUCGAGAAUUGUUCUGGCGUGGAAGUUUUGCACACUGAACUAGUAGUGCUGCCCACGGUUCACCUCAGCGGACAGUUGAAAGUGUUGAAAGUUGAAAGCUGCAACACAACCGCGGUCAUCAUUGAUCCAACUGGAAGUUAUAAAAUGGAAAAGUUUACGGUGGAGAAGAACAAUCUCAGGACGCUUCCGAGGAAUCUGUAUGUGUUGAAGAAGUUGAGGAAGCUCAUUUUGGCUUCCAAUUUGAUUGAGUGCAUCGAUAUGGCUCGCCCUUCGACCCUCCAGUUUUACCAAAUUUGGACAGAGUUUAUCUGCAACGAAACAAUCUAACCUUGCUGAAUCUUGAAAAUUGGAAAACCCCGAAUGUUAAGUUGAUGUAUUUGAACAACAACAAGUUAUCGAUUGUGCACAAACUGGCAAGUUCGCUUCCAAAGUUGGAAUCAUUGUACAUUUAUGAAAAUCCAUUGAACUGCGAAUGGUGGGAAACUCUCAGGGCUGAGAUAGAAAAUCCUUGCACGUUUUCUCCCAAUAACCAGGAGACCUGCCUCGAAAAAGCAGAACCACUGAAAAAUCUGAUAAAUCAAAUUGAAGCUUCCUCAAACAUUCCAUCCUCAAACACCGACCAAUGCCACUUAAACUCCUCAAAAUCCCUGAAGCAAAUCAAAUCCCAAGUUCUGCAGCUCCAGCAACAGGUCCCCUCACUCGGAGGAACACCAUCGGGCCACCAUCCAACCAGCGAAACGAUCGUCCAACUCCAGCAGUCCUGUCUCGGCCAGCAGGGUCGGCUGCGUGAAAUUGUGCACGAAAUGGGCUCCCCAAGUCGGACCAUCCUGAAGCCCCGGACGGACUGCCGGUGUGGACUGAAGGCGCAAGCAAGGCUCUUCCAGAGACAGCUCGGCCAGCUUGAGCAGCAGAUGGCCAAGU